GAGCGAAAUGAUUUAAUAAACCUAAUUCACGACUAUAUAAAUUCUGUUCGAAAAAAGGACAAAUCUUGAGGUUGAAGACGAGAAUGCGACACGUCGCCGGUUUACAUGAAUGGAAGCGGGAGUUGUAGAUAAAACAAAAAAGGGCUAGCUCCAUUUAGGUUAGGGUUUGUAAAUCAUCUCACAAAAUAUAUUUUUUUCUUUUUUCCACUGCUUGCAUUUUACGAUUUGAAAAAAAUGUAUUCAAUGAAGUUACGGGACUGUAUGCUUUGAACAUUUAGUUUUUGUUUCUGUCGUUUCUUUUUCCUUUUUUCUUUUUUGUUUGGGGAAGUGAAGAAUUUUGUGAGGCUGUGGUGUUUUCAUUUUAGGGAAAAAAGCACACUGUUUGUUUUUUCGUGUUGUGAUGUGAGGAAAAAGUAUAGUAUCAGUUUGUGUGGUUCGUGUUGUUUUCAAUUGCUCGGCCUACGCACACACACUCUCUCUCUCUCUUAAUCUCUGAUGCUGCUCUCUUCUCACUUGCUCAUAACUCCUCUCUCUCUCUAAAUAUUUAUUUCUUUACUGUGAUUGUAUGUGUGGUGUGAAGUGGAUUUUUUUGGAUGAUCUGAAUCUUAGGAAAUCUCUAUUUGUAUGCUAACUCUAUAUGAUCAAGAGGCAGCUAGCUGACUGUAAUUCUUUUGCGGCAUAUAUUGGUUAUUAUUUUAUGGGUAUGAUUCUGAAUGGCAAAAGAAAUUGUUGAAAACUUGUGGAUUGAGUCAUUGUGCAAUUCUUUAUGUUUGUAUCCUGGGAUUCAUGUAAGUAUACUGAUAGUGAGAGGUGGUUAGUUAUGGAGGGCUCAUCUGAGUCUGGUUGGGAGAGGUCUGAUAGUUCUAGGGGUUUGAAUUCUUCAUUCUUGGGCAGAAAUUCAAGGAUUUUGAGGCCAGGAGAUAAUAGUAGCCAUGAUUCUGUCAGGAAAGGGGUGCCUUGGACUCGUGUCAAUAGCCAUAGGGCUCUCCUUGCCGGGUGUGAGGCCCGCCCUAUGGAAUGCAACGAUGUUAGUUUGAGGAAGUGGUUGGAUAAUCCUGAUAGGACUGUGGAUGGCCUUGAGUGCUUGCAUAAAUUCUCUCAGAUUGUAGAUGUAGUGAACUUGGCUCAUUCACAAGGGAUUGUAGUUCACAAUGUUAGGCCUUCCUGUUUCAUUAUGUCCGCGUACAACCGGGUGUCGUUCAUUGAGUUUGCCUCUUGCUCGGAUUCCCCCGAGUAUGGAUCAAACAGCCAAAUGGCUGAACUCAAGGGUCCUAGGAAUCCGGCCUCACAGAUUAACUCCGAAAGCAGCUGUUUGCAAUCCAGUUCAGGCCAAGCUGUGCAUGCUCAGGAACGUGCUGCCAAUGAGCGAACAACGGGGGACAAGAAGCAGUCAUUUCCGAUGAAGCAAAUAUUGAUCUUGGAGUCCAAUUGGUACACCACUCCAGAAGAGGUUUCUGGUGAUCCGACUUCGUGCGCUUCUGAUAUUUAUCAGCUUGGUGUCUUAUUAUUUGAGUUGUUUUGCACUUUUAAUUCCCUGGAAGAGAAAAGCUCAACUAUGGCAAACCUGAGACACCGUGUCCUCCCUCCACAGCUUCUUCUUAAGUGGCCUAAAGAAGCUUCGUUUUGCUUAUGGCUGCUGCACCCAGAGCCAAGUAGCCGGCCUAAAAUGAGCGAAUUAUUGCAAAGUGAGUUCUUGAACGAACCUAGAAACGAGAUAGAAGAACGCGAAGCAGCCAUAGACCUUCGAGAAAUGAUAGAGGAGCAGGAGCUAUUGCUGGAAUUUCUUUUGAUACUGCAACAGAUGAAGCAAGAAGCCGCUGAUAACUUGAAUGAAACUAUGUCACUUAUAUCCUCUGACAUAGAUGAAGUCACGAAACUGCAGACCUCUCUCAGGAUGAAAGGAGAUCCAAGCUUGGAGUUGGGUAAGAGUUCAGGGCCAGGUCCCAAUUUAAUGAACAAUGCAGAUGAUGAUGAUGAUUCUGGUAGCUCUGGGUCAAGAAAGAGAAUCAGACAGGGUCUUGAUACGACCGUGCCAGAUGACUUAAAAGGGCAUGCAUAUAUUAAUCUGAAAUCCGAGAUUCAAGGAAGCUUUCUCUCCAAAAGUUCUCGGCUGAUGAAGAAUUUCCGGAAAUUGGAAUCAGCUUAUUUUCUAACAAGACACAGAUCUGUAAAAUCCGCGUGUAGGUCGCUGGCAAGACAUUCUCAAGUCAGUAGCGAUGGUGGAGGAGGGUCUAAUAUAGCAACGGAAAGAAGUUCCAUAAGUAACCCAUCGUCAAGAGAUCGGAGCAUUGAGCAAAAGCCAAAUGGAUGGGUUAAUACAUUCCUAGAAGGAUUGUGUAAAUAUCUUUCCUUUAGCAAGCUAAAAGUUAAGGCGGAUUUAAAGCAAGGAGAUCUCUUAAAUUCAUCAAAUCUUGUAUGCUCCCUUAGUUUUGACCGUGAUGGGGAGUUUUUCGCGAGUGCUGGUGUAAAUAAGAAAAUCAAAGUUUUUGAGUACAAUUCAAUCUUGAAUGAAGAUCGUGAUAUUCAUUAUCCAGUUGUUGAAAUGUCUAGUAGAUCGAAGCUUAGCAGCAUAUGUUGGAAUAGUUACAUUAAAGGCCAGAUUGCUUCGAGUAACUUUGAAGGUGUGGUGCAGGUAUGGGAUGUUACAAGGACUCAGACUCUCAUGGAAAUGAGAGAACAUGAGCGACGCGUGUGGUCUGUUGAUUUCUCAGUGGCAGAUCCGACAAUGCUGGCCAGUGGCAGCGAUGAUGGUUCAGUUAAGCUAUGGAAUAUCAAUCAGGGAGUAAGUGUCGAUACCAUUAAGACAAAGGCCAAUGUCUGCUGUGUUCAAUUCCCCACAUAUUCUAGUCGUACUCUUGCAUUUGGCUCAGCAGAUCAUAAGAUAUACUACUAUGAUCUUCGGUCCUUAAAAAUGCCUCUAUGUACUCUUGUUGGGCACAAAAAGACGGUGAGUUAUGUGAAAUUGAUCGAUUCAACAACUCUUGUUUCAGCCUCUACGGAUAACACACUAAAGCUCUGGGAUCUGUCGAUGUGUACUUCAAGAGUUCUUGAUUGUCCAUUGCAGUCAUUCACAGGCCAUCUGAAUGUAAAGAAUUUUGUUGGCUUGUCUGUAUCGGAUGGUUAUAUUGCCACCGGCUCAGAAACAAACGAGGUUUUUGUCUACCACAAGGCCCUCCCGAUGCCUGCACUGUCGUUCAAAUUCAACAGCACGGAUCCACUGUCUGGUGAUGAAGUGGAUGACACUGCCCAGUUCAUCUCAUCUGUGUGUUGGCGUGGCCAGUCCUCCACCCUAGUAGCUGCAAACUCCAUGGGAAAUAUUAAGCUAUUGGAGAUGGCUUGAUUCCUCUUAGCACCAAAUGGUUGAAGUAGAAACAAAUUUUUGCCUUAGUUUUCUAGUGGGAUAUACUAUAUAUAUAUACACGUUGACUUGACAAUUCGAUUCAACUUUUGGGAAAGUAUAUUGUAGAUAAAUAUGAGGUGAUGGGAAGUGAAGAAAUAAGUGUGGAAAGAGGUUAUUCUUAUUGAUAUAUUUUUGUACAAUUUACAAUCAUUUUAUGUAACUAUCAUUCUUUUUUCCAAA